CGGCUCCAUCCCCGCCCCGCCCCGGCCCGCUGGGCGCUAUAAGCGGGCGGCCGAGGCCGGUGCGAGCGGCCCGGCUAUGGCGGAGCCCCCGCGGAGGAGCUCGCUCGGGGCGGGCGGCUCGGCGGUGGCGGUGGCGGCGGUGACGGUGGCGGAGGCGCUGCCGCUGCGGGCACGGCUGAGCUUUGCGGCCGGGCAUUUCCUGAACGAUUUGUGCGCCUCGCUCUGGUUCACCUACCUGCUGCUCUACCUGCACGCCGUGCUGGGCUACAGCCACCGGCUGGCCGGUGGGCUACUGCUGGCCGGGCAGGUGGCCGACGGGCUGUGCACGCCGCUGCUGGGCUACGAAGCCGAUCGCUCGGCCGGCUGCGGCCGCUACGGCCGGAGGAAAUCCUGGCACUUGGCUGGCACCACCUGCGUCCUCGUGUCCUUCCCCUUCAUCUUCAGCCCCUGCCUGGGCUGCAAGGAGAACACGCCGCAGUGGGCAGCCUUCAUCUACUACCUCCCCUUCAUCGUCAUCUUCCAGUUUGGCUGGGCGGCCACGCAGAUCUCCCACCUGUCCCUCAUCCCCGAGCUGGUGACCAGCGACCACGAGAAGGUGGAGCUCACGGCUUUCAGGUAUGCCUUCACCGUCAUGGCCAACAUCACCGUGUACGGCCUGGCCUGGCUGCUGCUGAACCUGCAGGUGGACCAGCCUGAGCGCACGGAGCACCUGGGCAUCCAGGAUGUCCCCGUCUUUCGGAACCUGUCCCUCAUCGUGGUGGGGCUGGGGGCCGUCUUCUCCCUCAUCUUCCACCUGGGCACCAAAGAGAAGCCGUACCCGCUGGGCUCCCUGCCGCAGCCCGAGAGCACGCCCCUGCUGCAGAAGGAGCCCACGAGGUGCCCGCGCCCGCUGCUGGCCUGGAAGGACUGGCUGCUGGAGCCUGCCUUCUACCAGGUGGCGGUGCUCUACAUGGCCACCCGGCUCAUCGUCAACUUGUCCCAAACCUACAUCGCCAUGUACCUGACCAACUCGCUGCUGCUGCCCAAGAAAUACAUCGCCACCAUCCCCCUGGUGCUGUAUGUCAGCGGCUUCCUGUCCUCCUUCCUCAUGAAGCCUGUGAAUAAGUGGAUAGGUCGGAACCUGACAUAUUUCGUGGGCAUCCUGGUGAUCCUGGCCUUCGCCUCCUGGGUGACCCUGACCAGGACGAUGGGAGCGGAGAUCUACGGGGCGGCCGCGCUGCUCGGCGCUGGCUCCGCCACCAUCCUGGUCACCUCCCUGUCCAUGACGGCCGACCUCAUCGGCACCAACACGCACAGCGGAGCGUUUGUCUACGGGGCCAUGAGCUUCACGGACAAGAUGGCCAACGGCCUGGCGGUGAUGGCGAUCCAGAACCUGCACCCCUGCCCGACUGAGCUCUGCUGCCCUGCCUGCGUCAGCUUCUACCACUGGGUGAUGGUGCUGGUCACCGGGGGCAUUGCCAUGGCUGCCACCGUGUCCCUGUGCUGCAUCAUGAUCUGGCCCAUCCGGGUCCGCUUCCAUGGCCCUGGUUGUGGCAGGCUGCGGGGUGACCCUCCUGAUGAUGUCUCCCUGCAGGGCCUGAACGAGGCCGGGAUCCCCUACGAGGAAACGGAGAGCGCGGAGGAAAGGAGCCCCAGCAGCAUGGUCAACUGAGCCGGGCUCGCGUCCUCGGCCGUGCUGAUGGCCGGGCUGUGCCGGGACAGACCCCGAGGACGGGGACGGCGCCAGGACGGGGGAGCUGGGCUCAGGGUGGGGUCCGGGCACUGCCUCGCCUCGGGCACCUCACAUAGGACUCGUCACCCCCCCCACUGUGCCGGGGGACGCGGUGAAGGGCGUCCCCCGGCCGUCCCUGGGCGUUUGCACAAGUUGAACACUACGGGCCCGGGGCUGGGCGGCGCAGCCCGGCCCCCGCACUGUGGGACGGGGGGCACCCAGCCCCUGGUUUUAACCUGCUUUUGGAAGGUCAGUGUGUACGCAGAGCACUUUUUAAAAGAAGGAAAAAAA